AUGGGAAACUUUUUUGUGUUUCAACUUGCGGCUUCGACAAUCGCAUCGGUCUCCUCAGGAGCGAGUCUUAUGUUUUGGUUGAUUUUAAUUGCAAAUAGAGACCUUUCAAAGAUCAGAUUGUUACACCGAAAUCCAACCCUUCUAUGUCAGGCGAUAAUAGGCGCAAUAGUCUUUAUGGGGACCAUUAUUUCUAUCUUUCUAGCUGCCUUUUAUCCGGUCUGGAAACAAGUUAACGACUGGACAAUGCUGAUUGCUGUGGAAGAUCCUUCAAGGCCAAUUCUCACUUUUGAAACCGGGGUGCUCCUGGCUCUACCGACAAUACACGAGGUUAUACUCCUCACGAUUAUAAUAAUAGUCACUGACGAUUCUAGCUUUUUCAGUGAUGGCAUUUCGCCGAGAUCGCGACAUCUUAUAUACUCAGUGGUUCUUGCUCUCACUGUUGUCGAGAAUAUUUUCAUUUUCAUACAGUAUCUUAGGCUCUGGAUAAUCUGUGCAGCGAACGAGAACAGCCCAAGAGUUCAUUCCCUAGAAAGACAUUUUUUCUAUCUGAAAAUGUUCGUGUGUCCGUCAACAACCGUAAUCUCACGGCAUCGGCGAGCACUUUGGGCGGCAACCACAGCUGCGGGGCUUUUGUCGCUCAUUUCAAUGAUUAUCACAGUCUUGGGGUAUAUGAUACAGCCACUAUGGACGCAAUUUGCAACGGUAAUGCUCUUUGACCACAUGCCAACUGCUGCUAACGGGAGCUUAGCUUCAAAUUGCAGCUUUGAGCUUCAUGAGGAUGCUCUUACCAUACAUCCUCUCCAAAGCUUCAAUGAAUUUGGCAGCAGACGCCACUGA